GAGGAGACGUGACAAUGGCGUUGAGUUACGGAAGCGCCUAUAACCUGUUUGAAGUAAAGAAGAUUGAUUUUUCUGGUUUUUGGCUUUUUCUGAACAAAAUUUCAUCGAGCUCAGUGCUGCAUUCUGGAAGCAAAAACAAAAACACAUUCAAGGCACUCAUUGCGGCAGAAUAUAGUGGCGUGCAGCUUGAGCUAGUUAAGAAUUUUGAGAUGGGUUUUUCAAAUAAAACACCUGAAUAUCUUAAGAUGGAUUGUCUGAUCUUUCAGAUGCAAGUCCCGAUAUUGGAGACACCUGAUGGCCCUAUUUUUGAGAGUAAUGCAAUAGCACGUAAUGGUAUAAUAAGCUUCCUUGUAUCUUAAGAUGGACUGUCCGAUCUUUCACCAUGCAAGUCCCUGUAUUGGAGACACCUGAUGGCCCUAUUUUUGAGAGUAAUGCAUAGCAUGGCACUUGGAGCCCUGAACUCUCAUCUUGCUGCAAACACUUAUUUAGUGGGAGACUUUGUGACCCUGGCAGAUAUCAUAAUGACAUGUAACUUGGCACUGGGAUUUGAUUGGAUCAUGACUAAGGCCUUUACUUCAAAAUUUCCUCAUGUUGAAAGGCAUCACUGGACAAUGGCUGACCGGCCAACUUGUAAGCUAAUGGAUGAACCCAAGCAGACAGAGGCUGUUCCACAUGUGGAGCAGAAAUCUGGUCGGCCCAAAGCGCCAAAGCAAAAGAAAGCAGAAAAAGAAGUCAAAAAAGAGGAGGCACCAAAGCCCAAGCCUAAAGUGAAGCAGCCUGAAGAGGAGGCAACCAAGCCCAAACCAAAGAAUCCUCUUGAUCUGUUGCCUCCAAAUAAGAUGGUGUUGGAUGACUGGAAGAGACUCUAUUCAAAUACCAAGACUAAUUUCCAUGAGGUUGCAAUAAAAGGAUUCUGGGAUACGUAUGAUUCUGAGGGUUAUUCUCUGUGGUUCUGUUAGUACAAUGAUGAGAACACAGUCUCAUUUGUGAUUCUAAACAAGGUGAGUGGAGUCCUGCAGCGCAUGGACCUUGGCCGCAAGUAUGCAUUUGGAAAGAUGCUUGUAAUUGGAACAGAGCCACCAUUCAAAGUAAAGGGAUCGUAGCUCUUCCAUGGGCAGGAGAUCCCUCAGUUUGUGCUCGACGAAUGCUAUGAUAUGGAGAUGUAUGAGUGGACUAAGGUGGAUAUAUCUAAUGAAGCCUAGAAGGAGCAGGUCAAUGCAAUGAUUGACGACCAGGAACUUGAGGGUGAAGCCUUAUUAGAUGCCAAGUGCUUCAAGUGAUUGUUAUUUAGGACUAUAUAUGUAAGAUAAAGCUGAACUAUCAUCUUUAGUUUGGAAAUUAGCCAUCUGAUGGUCAAGAUAAGUUGAUACAGUCCUCAUUGGUUUGCUUGCAUCAUUUAGAUAUAUGCAUCAAUUGCUGCACUCUGGUGGGUGAUUGAUGUGGUUUUAUAUGUGCAUGUGGUGUUGGACCUAGUGCUGGUAAUGCCAUUUGUAUGAUAGUGACAUGGUGGUUCUCAAAAAGAGAAGGUGAUAUUUGUUCUC